AUGCUCUCUUCGUCGGUCCACCGUCAUUUAGCACGGUCGCUACCUCCUUUGCACACCACUCGUCGAUUAUUCACCUCUGGAAGAUGCCUGAGAUACACUGAAGCUACUCAGAAGAUUCAUGAGCCACCUUUCGAACGGCCUAAAUUUGCGGAAAGGCUAGGCCGACCUCAAAUAAGGAAUCAAGUCCUGUUCUUCGUAUUUGGGUCGUCGCUUGCGUUUUCUUAUGCCGCAUGGAGAACCAAUUUUGAGACAGAGGUGUGGGCGAACAGGCUGGCUGCAAGCACGAAAUGGACCGACAUCACCAGUGCGGACUUGCGUAGACUUCAACAGAUCGAAUUAGUCAAGAAUCUUCGAGGACUCUAUGCUCUUAUUCAAGACCAAGCUUCGCAGAUCCCUCAGUUGCUCCGACCGUGGAUCAGCGGAUUAUAUCUUGCCUUCGCACAACCCUAUGCAGAUGCCUCAGAUGGGCGACGCCUCUGCUGGAAACUCUGUUUGCUUAACGCUGGCGUAUGGGUGGCUUGGAAUGUAUCACGUUUGCAACCUGUGAUGAUUCGUAGUUUCAUGCACCACCCGCUUUCCGGCUUAUCGUACACCAUGCUUUCAAGCACCUUUAGUCAUAGGUCAAUCAUCCAUCUCUUGGCCAAUUGUCUAGCGUUGGAAAGCUUUGGAUCGUCCGCGUCGGUGUAUCUCUCUCAGUCCCAGUCCUCUGCAUCCCCGGAUCAACUUGAAUCAACAUCGGCAUACCAUUUCCUAGCCUUCUACCUUUCAGCUGGUGUGUUUGCAUCCCUCGUUUCGCACACUGUGGCCGCUAAAUUCAAGUACCCCCGUCUCAUAUCGCGCUUAUCUUCUCCUGCCAAUGCACCCAAAGCCAUUGACACAUGGCAAGCGGCAGUUUCUUCUGCAGCAUCCACCACGGCAGCUAGUGCAACCACAAAAGCUGCCACCUCGUCAAUAAUGCCUUCAUUAGGCGCCUCUGGUGCCAUAUAUGCCUGCGUAACAAUGACAGCUUUGGCAUUUCCAAACGGGCAGAUUGCUCUAACCAUUCCUCCUUCAUAUCCCAUCGAUAUACAAUUAGGUGUUGGCGCCUUGCUGGCACUAGAUGUUCUGGGUGUAAUUCGAGGAUGGCGGUUCUUCGACCACUUUGCCCACCUCGGCGGUGCAGCUUUCGGUGUCGCAUACUACACUUUUGGCCCGACGUUUUGGACCUACAUGAGGGGUGCUGGCGGCGGCAAAAAGUCCGAUCAGGAAGAGGAGUAA